AUGGAAGAGCUGGUGGCUGAAAUGAGGCGCAUUUUCGCGGUUGAUGACGUCAACGUCCAGGACGUCGAGAAGGCCCUCAACGGCUACAAGAGCAAGUUCGUCGAGUGGCGGAAGUUUGCUCACUUCGACGAUAGGAAGUUUGCUUUUAUUUUCAUUUUAAUGAUUGAGUUGUGAGUGAAUAUUUUCGCGGAUCAUUUCUUCUCGAUUUCUUUCGGGUCAGAAUCCACUCUUUAGGGUGGACUAAUUUUCAUAAUUAUUUUUUUACUGCAUUUUUUUCAUGUAUUCGAAUACUCAUCGUUCGCCGUAUGCAGUAAAUGAACCUAUCAAGAUUUAUGAAAGCUGGGAACUCAGUUUAGACGAUUUUUGAAAAAGAAAAAAAUGCCAUUUUUUUCCUACUUCUUUUUCAAUGAUAUUUGAACCUCAUUUGUUGGUUCUAACAUGAAAACUUUCUAACCCUAUUCUUCAAUCUUUGUUUUUUUAUGCGGAAACUUUUUUUGGAGCCCAAAUAAGGGUUUUUAUUAUUUUUAUAUUUUAUGAUAAUUUUAAAAUACUUUUAUUCGGUAUCUUUUUUUGUCGAAAAGCUCAGUUAAUGUGUUUUUUUCAAGCAAACGUGAGGAAUAUUAUUUUGAUUUUUCUUCCAAUUAAAAAAAGUCUUUCUUGAUUUUUGAGCUUUUUUGGAUCCAUCUAUCCAUUUCUAUGAUUCUCAAAUUUUUUUACUUCUGGAUUUUUUGUUACGCUUUUUUUUUACAAAUUCAUUUUUCAUAACUAAAAAGUCCAUAUCAUUAAUUUUUUAAAAACCAUUUUUUUUUAUUUUAAACAAUUUUCAAGCCCUUUUUGAAAAGUGAAAAAUAAAGCCAAACUUUAUUCUUUUUAUUUCAAGAACCUUUCAUUACUGAUUGUUGGUUUAUGCAUAGUUUUUUUCAGUUAUACUCGUAAUUUAGUCGACACCGGCAAUGGAAAAUACAACAUGAUCUUGCUCUGUUGGGGUCCUGGAAUGUGCACGAAGUUUGUCUUAUUCCCAAUAUUCUGAUAUAAUUUCUGGUUUUGAAGCAUCCAUGAUCAUUCGGGCUCCCACUGUUUCGUGAAAAUGCUCCAAGGCGAACUUUUGGAAACAAGGUCGGUUAGGAAAUUUUCUGAAAAGGGGAAAAUGAAUGAUUUUUCAAGGUUUUCCUUUCCACCGGCUGGAUCGGAAAUAAAACCUCUGGAAAAGAAGGAAGAACUGAGAUUUGGAUUGAAUGAAGUCACCUACAUGCACGGUUAGUUUGAAACAAAACUGUCUUUACUAAGAUGAUAACUUGCGAGAAAUGCAGAAAAAUGAUGUGGGUCUGCAAACUCUGAUAGUUUAGUCUAUUCAUCUUGACUCAUACUAAAUGACACGAUGGGGAAUCGUUUUUAAGACGCGUCGGACCAGAAAUGACUUGCGCGCGGUAGAUUCAAAAUCAUGAAACCCAAUUACUGACGUAGUGAGUUCCAAGUACUGACUCGAUUAAAAAAGCAACCUGAGCGCGACGAACCAUUCCAAGUGCGGCCACGGUGUUUCAAUUUUUGUAUUUGCGACUGUAACUUUUUAUUUAACCUUAAAACGCGGCAGAGGUUGGUGUAUCGGCUCGCAACGGUCUUUUUUUCGGAAAAUCCACAAAAAAGGUGUUUUUUCUAUGCAGAAUUUUUUCAACGAAAGCCUGUUUUUACAUUUUUUUUUUUUGUCUGGUUACCCUUUUUUUUGAAAAGCAAUUAUUUGAGUUCUUAUCUUUCAGGAUCAAAUUUUUCAGACAAUAUUGGCCUUCAUCGAAUGGAAAACCCAAGUCACUCUGAAUCAGCCGUCAGUCUUCACCUGUACUGCCCGGCCUACGAGGAAUGCCAUCUUUUCGACCAAAGAACCAGUUUCGAUCCGUUCUCUUCUAAAAAUACACGGAAGCUGAAUUGAAGGCCAAAAACACAUCUCGAAAGUGACUUUCUGGUCCCAAUACGGCAGCCUCACCAACAAGGACGACCUUCCCUUCGAUCCGAUCGCGAGAAGAAUGGCUUGA